AUGCCCUCCUUCCUUCGCACUCUUCUCGUCGUUCUCUGCGCCCUUCUGCCCCUCGUUCAAGCCGGCUUCUUCGAUCAUGUGGCAGAGCAGUAUUUCAACCCGUCGAACAACAAUCAACAGCACUACUCGGGCUACUAUCCCGGCUAUUACAAUAUGCCGUAUCCGACGUACUCGCCGCCGAUGGUCGGGAGCUACUAUCAGGCGUACGUGGCGCCCGAAGUCUUUGGCCAAAGGAAAUGA